GGGAAAGAGAGAGGGGGAGAGAUGGCACCACUGAAAUCCUUAGAAUCGGAGUAUCCGAUUAUUGACUCCGAUUUCCGGCAAUUCUGUGCCUCCCACGCCAUUUUCUCAGUGGAAGAUUUUCUGGUGCAUGAUAUUUACGUGUUAAUGGCUCUGGCAGAGGAACACGACACUUCAGAUAGACUGAAGCAGGCCAUCACGCAGGUUCUUUCCAUCAUUGAUGCUCAGCAUCAGCCGUGGCUAGAUGGUCUUGAGUUGUUGGGAUAUUCUCAGAAGAGUAAAAGUAUUCUGUCUACUGGAUGUCAAAGGAUUGAUGCAUUUCUACGUGGCGGAUUUCAAGAAGGAGUUCUGACAGAGCUAGUUGGGCCAUCAUCCUCUGGUAAAACACAAGUUUGCUUACUAGCUGCAUCAAAUGUAACAAAAAGUGGUUUGGGCAGAGUCCUGUUCUUAGAUACGGGCAACUCUUUUUCACCAACACGUGUUGCACAGUUUGUCAGUAGUAGUUCGGAGCUUGCUGACACUGAGUCCGGCAAAAUUCUCCCUCAAGUUUUGGACAAUAUAGAAUGCCGCUCCGUGUUUGACAUCUUUACCCUGUUGGAUGUGCUUCAUCAGCUAUUGCAAAAUCUUAGAUAUCAGGUUGGUCAGAACUUAAGGAUGCUUAUCAUUGACUCGGUAUCAUCUCUUAUUACUCCAGUUCUUGGAGGGGCUGGCACACAUGGCCACGCUUUGAUGGCUUCUGCUGGAUUUUUGUUGAAGAAGCUAGCAUACGAGCAUAACUUGUCUGUUCUGAUGACCAAUCACAUGGUGGCUGGUGAUGGUGGUGUGAUUAAGCCAGCGCUGGGUGAGAGUUGGAAGAGCAUUCCACACAUUAGGCUUCUGCUAUCCCGAGACGUCUUAAACAACAUCUGUAGCAUGUUCAUAUUAAGACACCCCUCUAUGGCUAUAGGAGAGAGAGUGGAAUUUGCAAUUUUGUGACGGGUGGUACAUGCAUGGUGCCUGGGGAAUUGCACAAGGCAGACAGGAACUUUUUCAGUGAUGAUAUGGAUUCCAUACUCUUGCUUUUGUCUACACCUUCAGUGUGAGACAUGUAGGUGUAUCGGAUACGCAUAUCACUGCAGGGGAGGGCCUCAACCAUUGCUUCAACAUCAAUAUUCAUCCUGGACUAGAUUUUGAACACAUCACCUCAGAAGAGUUUUGACUGAUUGAGAUUGAAUAAUGCAAAUAGAAAUCCCCGGAGUGGAGCACUGGCUGAUUGGAUCUUGAUGCUGCGGCUGCUGGCUGGCAGCGCUGUAGAAUGGUGCCAAAGCUUUUCUCCUUGCGUGGCGGUGCUGGUUGGUGGUUAAUGAAUAUACACAGCUAAAUAAAUAAUGCAUUUCUCAGGUCAAUGUUCAUGUUGGUCCAAUAUGUAUUAAUCCACAGCCCUACCCUAACCCCCGACCUCGCUAACAUCCAUCGACUCCGACCUAGUCCACGGCAGACUUCCUGAAUAGAUACCUAAAUCACAGUUUAUAUUUAACGCUGGCAUAUAUUAUAGAAGUACUGUUCAUAUGGCGUAGUCAAAAUUCAAUGCUCUACCAGAAGUGAAUUAAAUAAGGUUAGUUUAGA